CGGUUAGUGGUGAGUGGGAUCCGGUUUCGGGGCUGCGGGCUCGUCUUCCUGCCUGUCCUUGGGCCGCUGCUUGGGGGGGAUGCUCCAUGUUCGUACAGGAGGAGAAGAUCUUCGCGGGCCGGGUGCUCAGGCUCCAUGUCUGCACCAUGGAGGGCGCCGAGUGGCUGGAGGAGGUGACGGAGGACAUGACACUGGAGAGGCUGAAGGAGAGGUGUCUGAAACAUUGUGCCCAUGGCAGCCUGGAAGACCCCAAGAGUCUCACUCAUCACAAGCUGGUCCACGCCUCCACCGAGAGGGUCCUGUCUGAUACCAAGACGGUGGCGGAAGAGAAUAUCCAGGACAGAGAUGUCUUGUUGUUAAUCAAAAAGAGGGCCCCUCCACCACCACCAAAGAUGACCGAUGUAUCUGCAGAGGAGAAGCGUAAGCAGGAUCAGAAGGCUCCGGACAAGGACGCCAUACUGAAGGCUACGGCUGGUCUGCAGGCUCGUACCACAGACAGGACCAUCGCUCACCACAACAUGAGAGAUUUUCAGACGGAGCUUCGGAAGAUUUUGGUGUCUCUUAUCGAGGUGGCCCAGAAGUUGCUAGCGCUGAACCCUGAUGCCGUCGAGCUCUUUAAAAAGGCAAAUGCCAUGUUGGACGAAGAUGAGGAGGAUCGAGUGGAUGAAGUAGCGUUACGGCACCUCACGGAGAUGGGAUUCCCUGAGAGCCGAGCAGUGAAGGCCCUGCGGUUAAAUCACAUGUCGGUGACGCAGGCCAUGGAGUGGUUGAUCGAACACGCCGAUGAUCCAACAGCAGAUACACCUCUCCCAAGUGAGAACGCGUCAGACGUGGCCGGGGCUUCAGCAUCCGAGGACUCCAGAUCAAGGCAGGGAGCUGCCGCAGAGGACCCUAAAGAUGAACUCACAGAAAUCUUCAAGAAGAUACGGCGGAAAAGAGAAUUUCGUCCUGACCCCCGGACUGUUAUAGCUUUGAUGGAAAUGGGGUUUGACGAGAAGGAAGUGAUUGAUGCCCUUCGGGUGAACAACAAUCAGCAGGACGCAGCGUGCGAAUGGCUGCUAGGAGACAAGAAACCUUCUCCCGAGGAUUUGGACAAAGGAAUUGACACCUCUAGCCCUUUAUUCCAAGCCAUCCUCGACAACCCUGUCGUACAGCUAGGCCUAACCAACCCUAAAACUCUACUUGCUUUUGAAGAUAUGCUUGAAAACCCGCUGAACAGCACGCAGUGGAUGAACGACCCAGAGACCGGCCCCGUAAUGUUACAGAUAUCUAGGAUUUUCCAAACCUUAAACCGCACGUAGGAGAGGCGGCUAAGAUCCCUCGUUUACUGCGUCUUUGGACUUGGGGGAAGUGCGAAAACCAAAACCUUACUGAUCCUUUUUUUUUUUUUUUUUUAAAGCUACUCUGGGCCUGUGUCACUGAUUGCUCAGGAGAGUGUGAGUGUGUCGCUUCAUUAAUCU